AUGGUGUCACGAUCAGACGAUUACUCGGGAGACACCGCCCGACCGCCGUCUCGACCGUCAUCGUCUCGACCUCAAGAUAAUAAUCAUGAGAAUAACACGUCCGCCGGCCCGAGAUCUCGAGCUGCUAGAUCGGCCACAUCUCCAUCUAAAAGGGAGUCUACGAGGUCGUCAAAGUCUACUGCGAAGGAUGUUGCGGAGCUUACGGACUAUCAAGAAAUCGACUUGCUUAAGAAUCUCGAUCAUCCAAACAUUGUCAAGUACCACGGUUUUGUGAAGUCAGCGGAGACGCUAAAUAUUAUCCUGGAGUACGUUGACCAACCGCAGCUAACUUUCGAGGAAUAUUGCGAGAAUGGCUCUCUGCACUCUAUCUCGAAAAACUUUGGCAGAUUUCCCGAGAACCUCGUCGGCCUUUACAUGUCCCAGGUGCUCCAUGGGCUUCUAUACCUACAUGAACAAGGUGUCAUACACAGGGAUAUCAAAGGAGCAAAUAUUCUCACCACGAAACAAGGGCUAGUCAAGCUGGCAGAUUUCGGCGUUGCGAGUCGUACAACGGGACUCCAUGAGUCUAGCGUUGUUGGGACGCCGUACUGGAUGGCGCCGGAAGUGAUAGAGCUCUCCGGCGCAACUACUGCAUCCGACAUUUGGAGUCUCGGUUGCACCGUCAUCGAGCUGCUGGAAGGGAAACCUCCCUAUUACAAAUUCCAGCCCAUGCAGGCUUUAUUUCGUAUCGUUAAUGACGACCAUCCCCCCUUGCCCCAGGGAGCAUCGCCUGCUGUGAGAGAUUUCCUGAUGCAAUGUUUCCAAAAAGACCCGAACCUCCGAGUGGCCGCGCGGAAGCUUUUGAAGCACCCCUGGAUCGUCAAUGCCAGAAGAUCCGAUUCUGUCGUUCCCACGAAAUCAACCGAAUAUGAGAAAGCCGUCAAGAGCGUGCAGGAAUGGAAUGAGGCACUGCGAUUACCGGAAGCAAGCUCCGCGCGGAAACCCCUCCGACCAGGUUAUAUGAGCCCCGGGCCAGGACAGGGACAGAAAGACUUUUCACUUCCGCUCGUCAUUCCAUCCAGAGAAUCACUUUCAGGUUCGGGGUCGGGGACGGGCAACGACAGAGAUGCCGCGGAGCGGUUUCGGUCGCCCACCGGCAACGGUGCCGAUGAUAAUUGGGAUGAUGAUUUUGCAUCCGCCAUAUCCCCCAGCGCGCUUCGCCUCCCACAUUUGAAGCCACAUGACAAUUUUGGUGGGAUGCUAUCACCCGAGAAGCUGAAAGCGUUUGCUUCUUUUGAGAGUGUGGCUGAAUUCGAAAGUAUCGGGAGUCAUAACGACCCCGCAGUCGGCGACGAAAAUGGUAAUACGACUGUGAACCGUUCCUUUGAUCACAACGAGACAGAUCCAAUGCAAACUAUCCGUCCAUUUGUUCCUUCUCACAGGUUUUCGGAGGAUGAGGGUGGCGGUACCGGGAGCAGUAGUCUACCUAAAAACCAAACGCGAUCGCGACACCGGAAGUUUUCCAUUCCUCCUAUUAAAACUGGCAGCGCCGUUGUCAAUCCCAGAUCCAAUAUCGCCGCUAAACCAGCCCGCCCUGCUGCGUUCUAUAAAGAGAGUUCCGUGGAAGAUUAUUCUGAUCUCAUUGUCGCGAAUGACGCUGUCCUUGAGAAAAAGUUGCGUGCUAUUCAGAGCGUUGGCAAUGACAUGAACAAGCCUGAUGUCGUUGAUUCGACCAACUGCACAGUCCUGGAGCAGAGCACAACCGGUCACGAUGACUUGGAUCAUUCCCCGCAGCAAUUGCGCCGCGCACGCAGGCGGCAUCCAAUUAGCCGCUCGCGGUCAUCUAUCGAGAUAGAGAAGUUCGCGGAAGACGAGGGCGAUGAGGACUUUUCUGACAUCCUUGGCAAUAAUGAGGAUACGCUUGUCAAAGCCGAAAGCGACGAUGGUGACGCUUCAGACCGAAGCGCACUCAUGCUCAAUUCGAAGUUAUCGUGUAACUCAUGGCUGGGGGAUGUGGAUGAUGAAGACGACCCGUUUGCGCAGCUUGAGGAGGGCUUGGAUGAGAUGGAUCUGGAGGCUAAUAUCGCUCGUGAUAAAUAUGCUCGGUUGCGAAAUCAGGUGGAGGGGCUUGUUUGCUCGUUGAAAACGUCGCAGGAAGAUGAUGUGUUGGCGGAUAUAUCGGAGCAGUUGAUUAUAUUCGACGAUUAUGAGGUCCAAGAGAACCUCUGUUUCGUCGGCGGGAUCCCUAUAAUCAACAAGUUCGCAUCCAAGAAGUACCCACGGGAAAUCCGUCUUGAGGCCGCAGCGUUCGUGCAGCAGAUGUAUCAGACGUCGACGUUGACUUUGCAGAUGUUCGUUAGCGCGGGUGGGUUGAAUGUUCUGGUCGAGUUUCUUGAGGAUGACUAUGAAGAUGAGCGGGACCUCGUUUUAAUCGGGGUUAAUGGGAUAUGGAGCGUAUUUGAAUUGCAGGGAUCGACACCAAAAAACGACUUCUGCCGUAUCCUGUCGAGAAAUUCAGUCUUGGAUCCACUGUCCCUCGUUUUAAGCAGGGUUCUGGAUGAAGAAGGGGAACUGGCUAGGCUUUGUGAAGGACGUAUUGCGAAUAUAUUUUUCAUAUUCUCUCAGGCUGAAAGCCACGUCAAGGAGAUGGUUGCUGAAAGGACUGUUUUGCAUAGAGUUCUUAAGGAGCUGAAAAGGAUGACUCCUGUUCACCAAAUAACGAUGCUGAAAUUUAUCAAAAACCUAUCCAUGUUGUCCACGACCAUCGACUGCCUUCAAAACUCUAAUGCAAUCGACGUCCUUACGGAGCUCCUGAGAUCGAGCAUGAAAGGAACACAUUUCCGAGAAGUAUCAAAUCAAAUUCUUAACACCAUCUAUAACAUGUGCAGGUUAAGCAAACCGCGCCAGGAGGACGCAGCUUUGAAUGGCAUCAUACCUCUCCUGCAAAAAAUUGUCAAGACAGAGCGGCCAUUGAAGGAAUUCGCACUACCUAUUCUUUGCGAUAUGGCACAUUCUGGGAAAGUCGGUCGUCGAGAGCUGUGGCGCAAUAAGGGCCUAUCGUUCUACGUAUCUUUACUUUCUGAUCCGUAUUGGCAGGUCACAGCCCUCGACGCCAUAUUUACAUGGCUUCAAGAAGAGACUGCCAAAGUUGAAGAACAUCUUCUCGACGAUCGAAACGGCCCUCCUCCCUUCAUCGAGGCUAUUGUUCGUUGCCUUACCAUAUCCAAAGCAAAUGCAUUUGAAAAUCUUCUGGAACCCCUCCAAAAGCUAUUGCGACUAAGCCCACCGAUCGCAUCGACCUUAGCCCGGCCAGAUAUGUGCAGCCGCAUCGGGCAAAAACUCCAUCACACCAAACCCGCUGUGCGGGUGAACCUCCUACGUAUCCUCUCUACAAUAUGUGACGCAACAGAGGAACAUGGCAGCCUUCUAAGCCGCUACGGUCUCCUCGACGCAAUCCGAGAACUACAAAACGAUUCACGCGUCCUCGUCCGCGAACUAGCAGUUCAGCUUAUAAAGUCGAGCGAAGAGAGCGAUGCCGCAAUGCUUGGUACUGCUGGAAUCAAGCGUCGAACAACCAUGCGGCGCAGAAGCACCUCCACGACACCUGCCACCUUAAUUUCUAGCCAUUCAAUGCCCACCACGCCGCAGGUCAGCCGGUCCAGCGCGUCGAAGCUACUCUAUGAGGGCAGGGAUACGCCGCGACGUCGCGAGAAUGGGAUCAGCAGCAGCCUAGGCCUGAGGCCCGGUAGUCGAGAUGGGAGGUCCCAAAAUGGCGGUGUUUCUGCGGCUGUUGGGGUGACCAUCGGUGGUAGUGGUGCAGGCGGGGCCGGCGGGGCCGGAAAUGUGGGUGUGAAAGUGCGUCUUCCGCGUUCCAUGUCUCAGCUUCCACCAUCGUCGUCACCAUCCUCGUCCCAGCAGUCGUCGGUAUCAUCAUUAGCAACGUCGCCGCAGUUGAGUGAUCAUAUGCGAACGUCGACAUCACCGAUAAUGCCGCCGUCUUCCACUGGGAAUGCGCGAAGGCGGAGGACGAAUACGGGUGGCUCAGGAUGGACGUGA